CUGCCAUCUUGGAGGCUGUGUAGCUGCGUGAGGGUCGUGGCUGCUUUACCUUGGCGGCCAUCCCUCGCGCCGAUUGCAGACUCCUAGGAGAGGACACCAGGAUGCGUCACAAGCGGAGAAUGGAGCCAGUGACCUUUGAGGAUGUGGCUGUGAACUUCACUCUAGGAGAGUGGGCUUUGUUGGAUUCUAGUCAAAAGAAGCUCUACAGAGAUGUGAUGACAGAAACCUUUAUGAACCUGAUCUCCAUAGGUAAAACAAAGGAAAAAGAAAACAUUGAAGACAACUACCAAAAUCUCAGGAAAAAUGUGAGAACUCAGGUGGUUGAGAGAAACUGUGACUAUGGAGAUGGCAGUCAGUGUGGAGAAUCCCAGCAGCAGAUUCCAGAGCCUAUUGUUCAAAGAGCCACGCCUCCUGCCAUGACCAUAUCUGAAAACGGUGUGCUUGCCAGAGACAUUAUUGUUCAUUCACCCUCACGUGUGCAUCUCAGAUGCGAAAUUACAGAGAAACCAUAUGGGUCUCAGCAACAAGUGGAAAGAGCUUUUACACAUGAGAAAUGUUGGAAAGAUUUAACUUAUUCUGAGUUCUUUCAGGCAAAUCAAAGUCCUCCUAGAGAGACAGCCAAUCAAAAUAAGCAAUCUAAUGAAGUCUGUAGGAGUCUCAAUUUCGAUCCUUGUUGUGAGAGAAUUCACACUGGAGAUAAACUCCAUGAAUGGAAGCAAGUGGAGAGAGCCUUCUGGAGGUACAGUUAUGGUCAAAUAUAUAAAAGAAUUACCAUUGGAGAUAAACCAUUUGUGUGCACGCAGUAUGAUGAAACCUUGGUUAAUUCCAGUCACCUUAUUAAACAUGAACUAAUUCACCCCGAAGAGAAAUGUUAUACGUGUAAGCAGUGUGGGAAAGCAUUCAGAUAUUCCUCAUCCCUCCAGAACCACGAAAGGAUUCAUAGUGGGGAGAGGCCAUAUGUAUGUAAGCAGUGUGGAAAAGCAUUCAUUCGUUCCUAUGACCUUCUCAUCCAUGAAAGAAUUCACAGUGGAGAAAAACCUUACACUUGUGAGCAUUGUGGAAAAGCGUUCACCCAUUACAGUGGCUGGUACAGUCAUGAAAGGAUUCACACCAGAGAGAAACCCUAUGUUUGCACACAGUGUGGGAAAGCGUUUUCAUGUUCUACAUCUUUUCGGAGGCAUGAAAGAAUUCACACCGGUGAGAAACCUUAUAUAUGUAAGCACUGUGGAAAAGCCUUCACCCAUUCCAGUGCUCGUUACAUUCAUGAGAGAAUUCACACCGGAGAGAAACCCUAUGUUUGCAAGCAUUGUGGAAAAGCAUUUCUUCGUGGGAGCCAUCUUCACAACCAUGAGAGAAUUCACACUGGAGAGAAGCCCUAUGUUUGCAAGCAUUGUGGGAAAGCCUUCAUCCAGCGUGACGCUUGUUAUAAUCAUGAAAGAAUUCACACUGGAGAGAAACCAUAUGUAUGUAAGGAAUGUGGGAAAGCCUUCAGGAUUUCCACAUCCCUUCGUGAUCAUGAAAGAAUUCACACUGGAGAAAAACCUUAUGUAUGUAAUUAUUGUGGGAAAGCAUUUAGGGUUUCCACAUGCCUUCACAAACAUGAAAGAGCUCACAUGGAAAAGAAACCCAGUGGGUAGAGCCUAAAUCCGUGUACGUCAUGUGGAAUUGUCUUUGAUCAACUUGCUGUUGCUGUGGGGUAUGAAAAAGAUAGUGUGGAGGCCCAGUGAGAAGGCUUGGGGUAAAAGCGCUUGCCAUCAAACCUGAUAGAGUGGGAUCCUCAGAACCAGUGUGAGGAGAGAACUGAGUCCCCAAGGUUUUCCUCUGACUUGCACAGAUGUGCCAUCAUUUGCAUGCACAAUCUCCCACACAUAUAUAAAUAAAUGAGAUAUUUUAAAAUGCUUUUUUAAGAAAAAAAAUUUUUUUUUUCAAGACGGUUUCUCUGUGAAGCCCUGUCUGUCCUGGAAUUUGCUCUGUAGAAUUCAGAGAUCCAUCUGCCUCUGCCUCCUGAUUACUGGGAUUAAAUUCCUGCACCACCACAACCUGGCUUUAAAAUACAUUUUCACAGUAUUUCCUUAUUUUUUGGUCUUUUUGAAAUGGGAUCUCUCAGUGUAACAGACCUGGCUGUCUUGGAACUCUCUUUGUAGACUAUACUGGCCUCGAACUCACAGAGAUUCUCCUGCUUUUGACUCCCAAGUGCUGGGAUUAAAACCAUGUGCCACCACCCAACUUUUAUUCUUAAUGACGUGUAGGUGUGUGGGUUUGUGCAUGUGAGGGUUGGUGCACGUAGAGACCAGAGGUGUCAGAUUCCCCUGAAGCUGGAGCGACAGGUGGUUGUGAGCUUCCCAGUGUGAGUGCUGGAAAUCCAGCUGCAUCUGUACUCUGAACUACUGAGCUGUCUUUCCAGCUCUAUAAGAGUAAUAAUUAAAAAGAAAAAAAAGCUGGAAAUAGCUGUAAUAGGAGACUGAAAAUGUACAAAUUUAGACACAUCUGGAAUGUGACCUGUUUCAUCAAAUGUGUGAAGGCACAUAUUUCCUUGAAAAUUUCAUUUUAUAUAAACUACAGUUUAUGACGAUUACAUUUUUGUAGGUGUACGUGCAUGAGUGAACACAUGCUGAGUGCACAUGUGUCAGUGCACAGCUUCAGGCGUCUGUCCUGCUCUUUCCACUGUGUACGUCCUGGGGAGGAACUCAGGUUGUCUGAGUUCAGAGCAAGUACCUUAACCCGUGAACAGUCUUGCUGGCCCUGGUGCAUCUCUUUUACUCUCUAGGGAAGUAGAGGCGAGAGAAUUCCAACAUCAAAUACAGUGAAUUUGAACACAACCUGGAAGAGUUAGGAACCCCUUCCAACCGAAUGAAAAAAUUCAGCAUUAAAAAUUUAAGCUGUGUGUUGUCUCAAAUAAGGUGAAAGGAAAUUUUCUUCUGUAUGUUGUAAAAGUAAGGAACACUCUGAAGAAACGUUUUCUUUUGAAAGUGUGAUUUUGUGGAAUCUGUGGAAAAUGGUUUUGCCUGUCAUCUCUUCUGCUUGGAAAAACCAAGGCUAUCAGAAUACUGUGUUGAGCAACAAUAGCAACAGUGUGCGUACAUGUAUUGAUGUCUUUUAGUUUGAUAAAUCAAGUUUUGUAUUGAAAUAAGGUCUCAUUUUGUAGACCAGGCUGGCCUCUGCCUCACUGAGGUUGCCUCUGUCUCCCAAGAGAUGUUAUUAAAGGUCUGUGCCGCCAAGUCAUGAUCAGUUUGAUUUUAAUGGGCUUUUUUUUUUUUAAAUCAAGCGAGGUAAUACCCUUUUCCAUUUCAAUCUGAAGCUGUGUUUGAUUCAUGAAAUUCAAGUACAUUUGUAAGAGUCCAGUGGAUUUAAUUUAUAUGUAGUUUUUAAAUGUUCAUUUGACAUUGAAAAUAGUCUGCUUGUAAAUUGUGUUUCCAAUUAUCCCUGUGUGACAAAUUAUGUUUUUCUUAUUAUUCUUCAUUGGCAAUUUCCUAACAUUUAUAUGAACACUUGUAUUUUCUAAUAAUAAAGUUUCUUACAUAGA